GGUGAUACUGAUGAAACGUAGAGAUGCGGAGAUGUGCGGCCAAGGUUGGCCGGAGUGCAAGGCUGGCCCUUGGGCGACACAUGCCGACAUUCACCAAUCCCAACGACUAAAGUUGAUUGGUACGCUAAUGCGGCAGGAUGCUUUGAGUGGCGUGAAUGCCCUUCGACCAUUACUCUUGAACUCGGGUUAUCGUGAAGAGACAUUCAACGAGUGGGUCAAGCUCAUUGAAGAAGAGAUCAACACGAUCAAGAGGCCCAUCUGGACACCACCACCGACGACGCGACACUACCAAAACACAUUCGACCUCAUCCACGUCCGAAUCGUGUCCGCUGGUUUCAGAGAUUUCAGAAAGACGAAACAGGAUAUCGAAAAGUGCUUAAAGCCGGGAGGGUUGGUCGUGUGGAUUGAUGUUGAUUAUCAUCUGUAUGAUGAGAAUCCGGAGGUGUAUUUGCCGUUGGCGAGUGAGAAUAACCCAGAAGGGUCUUGGAUGGCGAGGAUCAUUUGGG